UAAGGACUGAAUUCCAUUAGAGGUAUACGGUGGAUGUUAAAGUAGAGAACUUACAGCCAAAGCUUUAGUAGACGUUGUUUAAAAAGAAAUCACCAACAAAUAAUCAUCUUUCGAUUAUCAUAGUGAGCAGUCUAGCCUAUUGCAGAUGAUUCAAGAAAACAAGAAUAUUGUAUUUUUGUAAGCUACAGGGAGAUUGUAUUGUAAACUGACACUCCAACAAUGGGGGAAGAGGCCACAAAAGCAGGAGAUAACAUUAGCACAGAGAGUCUGGAGCAUAUUGAUAGAAAGAAAGCAUCAGUCGUGCGUGUGGUAGAGCAGCUGCAGAUAGACACUCAAGAGUCUUGCAGCCAAAUACCAGUACCUUUCUUAACAUGUAAAACAACUUCAGCUGAGGAUCGAGCAGAGUCGGCAUUACUUGAUAUGCUAGCGGAAUUUCAAAAGCUGAUCCACCAUCGCCUUUACUUCAGUCCUCGCUUGGAAUACCUCUAUGCUACACAGAUGGCAGCUUUAAUGGGCAGAAUGUCGAAUUCUGGAGAAAGUGUCAGUCGCCUAGAGAACUGCCUCCUAGAGAUGCAGUCUCAAAGGGAAGAAAGUCUUCGGACGAGAACAGAUGUUAUACAUUCACUUAGAAAACGGUUGGAAGAACUUAAUGCAGCUGAAGAGGAGAUGGUCAAUAGUUGCAGGACAGCAUUACGUGAAGAAUAUGAUGAAGUGCGAGAAUCAAGCAAAAUAUCCCUAGAUGACCUGAAGACAGACCUAGAAAAGAACAUUUCGGCAAUGGUUUCACAUGGGGCAAGACAUGAAGAAUUGGAACUUCAACUGAGAAAGAAGAGACAAGACCUGGAGGAUCAAAUUAUGCUCCAGAUCCGGAAGUAUGAUGCCACUAUGAGCAGUUUGCAAACAACACUGGAUGGCCUAAGAGCAGAAGAUAGUCAUGUUACUCUCAUGCUUGAGAAGAAAUGUCUUGAUUUUAAAGAAAUGGAGAAGAGAUACCAAGAUAUAGAAGCAGAGAAACAGAGGAAGGAGGAAGAAAGGUUGGCCGCUAUGCAGAGAGAGUUCCGGCGUGAACAUGCAGCUAGAAUAAUCCAACGUGCUUGGCAACACUUCAAGAUGAGGAAAAUGCUUAAGAAGGCACAGAAAAAAAGGAAAAAGAAGUCAAAAGAUGUCAAGUAAAUAUCUUGAGUGCUAAGAAGAUAAAUGAUGUAAAAAAUAGGUUUUGACACUUAGAAUAGUAUAUUAAUUAUUUAUGUGUAAUUGCUGAUGCUAGUCAGAAUCCAAUUCAUUCCUUCUCUCUAAAUAUAUAAGUAGAAUACUUGG